AUGGAGCUCAGUCAACUUCCUCUUGUGCUCUUGCUGAUUUCAAAAAUCCACUCUGGACACACUGAAGUUCCUAGAGCAGUUUUAAGUGUUUCUCCACAGAAGUGGUUGACUGAAGGAGAUCCAGUGACUCUGAUCUGUGAGGUUUACGGCUCCUCUACAGGCUGGACAUUCAGCUGGUACACUCUAACUGCUUCAUCAGACUACGGCAAUCAUUAUAAGCUGCUCUCAGACAGCAGCAGAGGAGCUGGAGGAAACUACACUGUCAGUUCUGCUGCUCUAAAUCACACAGGAGUUUAUGUGUGCAGAGCAGAGAGAGGAAAACCAGCCUAUAAAACAACCUACAGCAACAAACAGCCACUAUGGGUCACUGGUGUUUCUCCUCCAGUCUCUCUGAUCAUCAGUCCCAGCAGAGCUCAGCACUUCACAUCCGUCUCUCUCUCUCUGAGCUGUGAGGACCAGAGAUCUACAUGUACAUUCAGCUCCAUCACCACAUCAAGCACUGGAGUGUACUGGUGUCAGUCUGAAUCUGGAGAGAACUAUCAUCCUGUUAAUAUCACUGUACACUAUACAGUCCAGGCAGUUUUAAGUGUUUCUCCACAGAAGUGGUUGACUGAAGGAGAUCCAGUGACUCUGAUCUGUGAGGUUUACGGCUCCUCUACAGGCUGGACAUUCAGCUGGUACACUCUAACUGCUUCAGACUACGGCAAUCAUUAUAAGCUGCUCUCAGACAGCAGCAGAGGAGCUGGAGGAAACUACACUGUCAGUUCUGCUGCUCUAAAUCACACAGGAGUUUAUGUGUGCAGAGCAGAGAGAGGAAAACCAGCCUAUAAAACAACCUACAGCAACAAACAGCCACUAUGGGUCACUGCUGUAAUUGUUUGCUCAGGUGUUUCUCCUCCAGUCUCUCUGAUCAUCAGUCCCAGCAGAGCUCAGCACUUCACAUCCGUCUCUCUCUCUCUGAGCUGUGAGGACCAGAGUAACUCUGAUAGAUGGAGAGUGAGAAAUUACACAGACCAUUGUGGGAUGGAAGAUUGUUCAUUACGCUGGGCAUCCCAAACAGGAUCUACAUGUACAUUCAGCUCCAUCACCACAUCAAGCACUGGAGUGUACUGGUGUCAGUCUGAAUCUGGAGAGAACUAUCAUCCUGUUAAUAUCACUGUACACUAUGGUGUGAUUCUGGAGUGUCCUGUUCAUCCUGUGACUGAAGGAGAUAAUCUGACUCUACGCUGUUUACAUCAACAUUCAACCCCACUAAACCCCAGAGCUGAUUUCUAUAAAGAUAAAUCACUCAUCCAGAAACAAACUACAGAGAUGAUCAUCUCUAAUGUCUCAAAGUCACAUGAGGGUUUCUACUACUGCAAACACUCAGAGAGAGGAGAGUCUCCCAAGAGCUGGAUCUCAGUUACAGAAAGACCAAAAGCCAAAGUCACCAUUAAACCUGAUCAACGUGUAUUCAGAGGAGAGACAGUCACUCUCAGAUGUGACAUUGAUGGUGAAGGAGUCACUGGCUGGCAGUACAGCUGGUAUAAAGACAGUUCAGCUAAUGCUUUCAGUGAUCAACAGGAACACACAUUCAGGUCUGUUACUGAGUCUGACGCAGUUGGUGUGAUUCUGGAGAGUCCUGUUCAUCCUGUGACUGAAGGAGAUACUCUGACUCUACGCUGUUUGCAUCAAAAUACAAGCUCAGUUCUCAGAGCUGAUUUCUAUAAAGAUGAAUCACUCAUCCAGAAUCAGCUCAGUUCUCAGAGCUUAUUUCUAUAA